AUGAAACCAAUCUGUGCAAAGAAAUACGCGCCCACUAAACAAAUACAACUAAUCAUCAAUAAAAACACAAUUCAGUUCAUCAAUGAUUUGCUUGAAAAUGAUAACUCAUUUAAAGUGAAAUCAAGUGCUUUGAAUGCAAUACUAGUGACCGCAUAUAAUGCAAGUUGUCUGAAGGCGUUGUGCUCUCAACUCGAAUCCAAUAAUGAAUGCCAUCUGAAGACAACACUAUUAGCCAUAUCUGUCUUCUUAUUUGAAGAAUAUAAAGACCUGUUGAAGGCCGAGAAGUCACGGCCCAACCCGACCAUCAAUUUGUCACAUUUUGCACUAAUUAUCAGAGAAUGUGAUGGUUUUCGUCUAUUAAAUGAGAUAAACGAACGGCGAGUACACAAAGAAAGAGUGAAUGAGAAGUAUAUUGUGUCCGAAGCCGAGAGAUAUGUCGAAGAAAUACUAUUUCUAGCGUUUGGUGUGGAAAGUCGUCCAAAGAAAAGGCAGCCAAAGAUGGAAAUGAUGAAAAAUUACAAAUCAGUGAGAACUUGCUUGGAUUGUACGUUACGUCUGGCGGACACAGAUAUCUUUGAAUGCAAUCACAUCCAGUUAUGCUGCAAAUGUGCGGCCAGUGCUCUGCACAAGAUAUACACACAAGAGCCCAAACAAUGUCAGAGGGAUAACUGUACGAAAAAGAUACCCAAGAAUGACUGUCCCUGGUACUUGUUCAAGGGUAAACUUUUUGGUUAUUACAACGAUCUCCAGACUCGAGUGGAAGAUCGACUCGAACCCGAAGUAACUUACUAA